ACAUGAUUCGCUCUCGUUGGCAGCCUGGUACACUUCCUUGCGAGUAGAUAUGGUUAGGUGUUUAUUUUGACUGGGCGUGUUUUCUGUUUCUUUUUGAGAGGAAAGUGGAAGCUCUUGUUUUUUUUAUUAUUUCAAUUCCACCGGAGACUACACAAGAUGCAGAACGUCAUAAACACAGUGAAAGGCACAGCGCUCGGUGUGGCGGAGUUCCUUACUCCUGUGCUGAAGGAAUCCAAAUUUAAAGAGACUGGAGUCAUUACACCAGAAGAGUUUGUAGCAGCUGGAGAUCACUUGGUCCACCAUUGCCCAACGUGGAAAUGGGCCCCUGGAGAAGAAGCCAAGGUGAAGCCAUAUUUGCCUGAGGACAAACAAUUUCUCCUGACACGCAAUGUUCCGUGUUACAAGCGCUGUAAACAAAUGGAGUAUUCAGACGAGCUGGAGGCCAUAAUUGAAGAGGACGAUGGGGAUGGAGGAUGGGUCGACACGUACCACAAUGCAGGUGUGUUAGGAGUCACAGAGACUGUCAGAGAAAUUUCACUCGAUAAUAGCAAGGAUAGGAACAUGAACGCCACGUCUGCAGCAUGUCACAAUGCGGACGAUGAUGAUGAUGGUGAUGAAGAUGAAGAUGGAGAAGCAGCAGACAUGGAAGAAUAUGAGGAAAGUGGCCUAUUGGAAACAGACGAGGCCACUCUGGACACCAGUAAAAUGGUAGAAACUAAAGCCAAAGCAGAGCCUGGCAGUGAGGACCUCAUCCUUCAGACCAGAACAUAUGACCUAUACAUUACAUACGACAAAUACUACCAGACCCCCCGACUCUGGCUUUUUGGAUACGACGAAGACCGACAACCACUGACAGUAGAACAGAUGUAUGAAGACAUCAGCCAGGACCAUGUGAAGAAAACUGUCACCAUAGAGAACCACCCUCACCUUCCUCCACCUGCCAUGUGCUCUGUUCACCCCUGCAGACAUGCUGAAGUGAUGAAGAAGAUCAUAGAGACUGUGGCAGAAGGUGGAGGAGAGCUGGGUGUCCAUAUGUACCUCCUCAUUUUCCUCAAGUUUGUUCAGGCGGUCAUUCCCACAAUAGAAUAUGACUACACGCGACACUUUACCAUGUAGCUUCAACAGUCUGUGUAUAAAUUCUGCACAAAUCUGGGGGAAGAGGUUGGACGAGGGACGUUUGUAUCCAAUCUGUUUAAACUGCAGCCAGUGUGUGUGGAGUGUUUGUGUUUCCCUGAGACUCACUCUUUGUGCAGGACAUGAGCAGGACAUGAGGAAUGUCAGAGGGUAUGUGACCCUUUACACUUAACAUUUAGGACACAUAUUUGGCUCUCAUGAAAAUUAAUUUCACAUAGCAAUUCACAUAUUUCCCCUUAUAUUCACACACAACGAUGUUUUCAUGUAGACAAGGCUGCAUCCCAUUUAUAUGACGUCUUAACUUGUCUUGUAAGUUUCAACAGCAAAUGGAUCUGUAAGUGUCUAGAGAAUGACUAAUGGUAGAAUUGACUCCAGAGCAUGCAGCCCCCAACAUAUAGUCAGUGUUUUAUUUUGAAGGGCCACAAAAGGUAAAAUAAAUUGUUUCAGGUCUUUCCAGGAAUCCAGAGAUUUAAAAAUAUCCUUAAGGUGGAAUGUUCAGAUCUAUUUACUGUCACGUAAGUGUUUAUCAAUAAAAAACAUGCAGCAACCCUCUCCCGCUCUAGUGCAGCCCCCAAAAGAAGGCAUUUUGUUGUUUACUGUUAGCAGGGGAUGCUAGAUGAUCAUAGGCAGACGAAUCAGUACAUGAAGGCUUAGGCCUACAAUUCAUGCAAAUUGUCAUCAUUCAAUCAUUCAUCUAAUGCUUAACAGCAUUCUUUAGGUUGUAUUAAUGCCACCUACAAUACUAAAUCGACUAACAUUGUAAUGCGUUAAAGGAGAAUGAAGAAAUUACAGCAAGCAGGGUUGGUUCUGUGUUUCAAUGUUUUCUUUCUUUUCCUGAAAAUUCUUGUAGGUCUACCUUUAAGUUGCGUAAAGAAGAAAAUAAAUCAUGAAUAGACAUUUAUUGGCUGAAAAAAAUCAGGCCUCAUCUGCCCUGCCCUGUACAGAUUUGAUUCUGGUAAAAUAUUAGGAAAUGGUUUUCGUUCAUGUAUAUGCUAACUAUGAAAGUUCACCAUGAUAAUCGUAACAUUUUUGUUUUUAUGUUGACAGAGUCACAGUCCAUCCCUUUAAAACAAUAUUGUUCAUUUUCUUGCUGAACCCCAUAAUAAUAAAUAAAUUAUCUCUUAAUUUCUGGAUUGUUAUUCAUUCUUUUAAUGUCUUCACCCUUCUUUUAUUCACUCUUGGUUCUGCUUGUCCACAUAGCUCUCUGUGUUCUGCUCCCUGAGCGGCAGAGACUUUUUCAACCUGCACAAGAGUGACGUUAUCACUACGUAUGUUUACUCUCCAGAUGAAUUAUGUUCAUGGUUUUGUGUGACCUCAGACGUGCAGCACUUCGACAGAAUAAUCAGAUUUUGUCUUACGUGACAGUGAUGUAACUCAACCUAAACACUCUGAGCUUCUGUUGUUCCUGCUUUGGUUUCCUUGUUGUCUGUUGGUUGGAUGAAGUGUUUUCUCUGUGCUGCCUGCUGCUGCUCCAGUAUCCUGAUGUAACAAUCUCAGUGGAACAUUAUGAACUAAUGCACAUUUAUCAAUAAAGAGUUUCUCAAAUAUUAUAAACAAA